AUGAAAAGACAACUGGAUGGUUAUUCUUUUCUUAUUGUAGCACAGUUCAUUUUACAAGAAGAAGACCUUGCUAAAUUAAAUUUCAUCUGUAAAAAGUUUAAAGAAACAACAGAAAAAUUUCUCUAUAAUCCAAUAGAAAAUUUAAAAUUAUUUCCAAAGAUUCAAACCCAAUAUAUCUAUAGAAAGAAACAACGUUUUAAUCCGAAUAUUCCAAGUCAUAAAAUUUUAUAUCAAGUAAGUUGUAAAGAAGCACAAAAACUUCUUUCUAAUCCAACAACAGAUUGCACGUCUGUUGCAUAUACAAAAGAAGAUCAAAGAAAAUGGAAAAAUGUAAUUCCUAAAUGUGUAACUAUUAUUGGGGAAGAUGCCUUCUUAAAUACAAAAUAUUCUACUAUAAAUAUUCCUUCUUCAGUUAAAGUUAUUCAAAAAAGUGCGUUUAGUGGUUGUUUGAUUAAAUCAAUUGAUUUUCCACCAUUUCUUAAAGAAUUACAUACAAGUUGUUUCUCUCAAUGUAUCCAUCUUACAAAAGUAGUAUUACCUAUUACAAUAACUAAUCUAGCUGAAGGAUGUUUUAAUGGAUGUAAUCAAUUAUCAUGUAUUAUUUUACCAAAAACAAUUGCAUCAAUACAAGAAAAAGCUUUUUGUGGAUGUUCACAACUAAAGUCUAUUGAUUUACCAUUAUCUUUAAGUUAUAUUGGGAAUGCUGUUUUUUCAAAUUGUUUCAAUUUAAGUUCAAUUAAAUUACCAACAGGAUUAACUUUUAUUGGAAUACAUUGUUUUGAUGAUUGUACUUCAUUAAAAGAAAUUGAAUUUCCUCCACUAAUUCGUUCAUUAGGUAAAUCUACUUUUUUUGAUUGUUCUUCACUUCAAAGUCUAACAAUUCCAUCAACAAUUACAUCUAUAGGAUAUAAUUGUUUUUGUAAUUGUAUUCACAUAACAUCAAUUACUAUUUCAACUUCUGUACGUGAUUUUGGAAAAUCUUCUUUUGGUGGAUGUUAUCAACUUAGACCUUUAGUAUCUCUUCCAGACCAAUGUUAUCUUUAA